AUCGUACUUCGCCAGUUUCCCAUGAUCUUUUAAUAGGUAUUUGUCAGUGAGGACGAUACAAUUAGAAAUCAAUCCUGUAGGAGUUACAGGAAAAUGUACACGUAAAAACAUACUUCUUUCGAAUAGGCAUAAUUUUUGCAUAUUAUUCUUUGUCCCCUUACUACUACGGAGACUAUCCACCAGGGCGACAAAGUCAUUAUCAUUGGAAAUUCUCCAUGUGUAAUGUGAUGUGAAAAACCUGUCUGAACAUUUCUCAUCUUGUUAUCUCAAUUGUGAGUAAAUUAUUUCAGUUAAUUAGGAGUUUUCGUUGUCGUCGUAACGCAGUCUCCUUUUUCAAGUGAGAGUUUGUGCCUUGAAGCGAUUGUUUUGAACACUUUAUGCGUUGUCAUUGUUGCGCUGUUUCACAUAUGGGGUUAAGUAAUAAAACAUAGAAAUGGCUGCCGUUGUGGACGAAGUCGGAAAAUCAGAAGAUAAAUCAGUUGAUGAUGGAAAUAUUGAGGACAUUGAUGAUGUUGAAGUAGAAGGAGGUGCCUCUGAAGCGUCGAAGAAAAAGAAAAGGAAGAAGAAGAAAAAGAAAGCCGGCGCCGGAGAAGACUCAGCUGAUGUGCCAGGGGGAGGAGAAAAUGACAAAAAAGUGGAUGAAAUAAAGGAUAAAAUAAAUGAUAUUAAACUAAAUGGAGAAGAAGAAGAGGGUGGCACUGAAGAAGGAGGAGAAGGGAAGAAAAAGAAAAGAAAACGUAAAGGAAAAGGUACUGGUGCUAAAGGAAAAACUCAGACGGAUCCUCCUAGUAUUCCCAUUGCAGAGUUAUUUAGUGAUGGAGUGUUCCCUGUUGGUCAAGAAAUGGAGUAUCCCUUGACUCGUCAGCAUAUCCAGAGAUGGGUGAAGCCAGGAAUGACAAUGAUUCAAAUUUGUGAAGAGUUGGAAAACACAGCUCGCCGUUUGAUUGGUGAAGAUGGGCUUAAAGCUGGAUUAGCUUUUCCCACUGGAUGCUCCCGCAACCACUGUGCUGCACAUUAUACACCAAACGCAGGUGAUCCAACUGUACUGGAAUAUGAUGAUGUUACGAAGAUUGAUUUUGGAACUCACAUAAAUGGUCGUAUCAUUGAUUGUGCUUUCACUCUUACAUUUAAUCCCAAGUACGAUAAAUUGAUUGAGGCUGUACGUGAUGCAACAAACACAGGAAUUAAGGCUGCUGGCAUUGAUGUUCAGUUAUGUGAUAUUGGUGCAGCGAUUCAAGAGGUAAUGGAAUCCUAUGAGAUAGAAUUGGAAGGCAAGACAUACCAAGUGAAAUCUAUUCGGAAUUUAAAUGGCCAUUCAAUAUCACCAUAUCGUAUUCAUUCAGGCAAGACAGUGCCAAUUGUAAAAGGUGGUGAAGCAACUGUAAUGGAAGAAAAUGAGAUUUAUGCCAUUGAAACUUUUGGAUCAACAGGCCGUGGUCAGGUGCAUGAUGAUAUGGAAGUGUCACAUUAUAUGAAGAAUUUUGAUAUGGGUUAUGUUCCUCUUAGGUUGCAGUCUUCUAAGAGCUUGCUGAAUGUUAUUAAUAAGAACUUCAGCACUUUGGCUUUUUGUAGGCGUUGGCUGGAUCGCAUAGGCUGUACCAAGUAUCAGAUGGCUCUCAAAGAUCUGUGCGACAAAGGCAUCGUUGAUCCUUAUCCUCCUCUGUGUGAUGUGAAAGGCUGUUACACUGCGCAAUUUGAGCAUACCAUCCUCCUUCGUCCCACAUGCAAGGAAGUUGUGAGCCGUGGAGAUGAUUAUUAAUUCCAAAAAGUGCUAUUUGAUACUUUCAAAAAAUAAAUUGUCUUUUUGGUAGAUUAGUAAACUUGUUUCAUUUUUACAGAUUUCCUUUUUGAGUCGCUUGACCUCACUAACAUGGUUCAAGGCCAAAUUAUUGUAGAUUUCUUGAAGAGACGUUUUUUGUGCCAUAUUACUGAGAUCGGUGAUCAUUGGGUGGGGUAUGAUUAACACACAAAGGAUUUAUGGACGGGUUUACUGUUUUGGGAAAUAUUGUUGGGAUAUGAUGCAAGAAUAAAAUAUGUAAUGUUUGGAAUAAGCAAAUAUUGCAAUACAAAGGAAAAUAAAUAUUUGUUUCUAUAGGUCCUGUGUUCUACGAAAACAUGAUGUACUAUUGAAACUGGUGUGCUUUAUAGAUAAUAUGCAUUUUGAAACUGUUCUAAAUUUCAUUUGUACUUAAAUUGUGUUUGAGAUGGUUACCACAUGUUGAUUUAUUAAUUUUCAAAUGUGUCAAUGUUGACUAAGUGAUAUGUACUGUCAGGCAUCGUUUGAGUGUAUUCAUUUCAGAAGAAUUGCAAUACACAGUAUUUUUUUUGUGCUAUCUGUGGUUGUUUGACAAACUUUUUUUUCCUCAUUGUUUUGUAUUGAGAGGUGCAGUGGAAGUGAGCUUCAAGGCUUUGUGAAUGUUAAGUACCUAAGUGGGAAAAAAUAUACCAGUCAUUUGUUUUGUAAAUUUAAACUCAUUGUAAUCAUAUUUUGAGCAGAAACAAAUGAAUUGCACUUCGUAAUAUAUUGUGGUUUUUCUUUGAACUGCAACCUUGCCUACUAUAAAUAUUACUAUUUAUUUUAUUACUAAGGUUUUUUCAUUUGACACUAAGUUAUUCUUUAACAUCUCUGAGGGAUGUUCAGGAGACCAUUAAUUAAUCUCUCACCCAUUUGCUGGUUUCUGCAGAUUGAGCCAGAAGGUGCAAGGACUACCAUUACAACAUAGUAAUUCAAUGUCAACAAUCUAAACUUCCUCAUUUGACUAACAACCUAUGUUUGCCUAUGUACCUACCAGUUUAAAAUUGUGAAAGAAUUUGAGCUCGUACAAACCUGCCAAGUGUCUCGAUGAAUUUGUCAUUAACUCAAGAUCUUUGGGAGGGGGGAUUGAAAAAAAUUUUACUCGUUUUACUGUUAUUGUUAAGAAAUCUCGCCCUUCAGCCAAGAUUGUUUCACUGAAGCUGUACCUGGUUCUCUAUUGUUCUUUAUUCAAUUCAUAAAUAUUUUGGGAUCCAAUAUAUUGAAAUGCAGCUAUGGAAACAUUAUUGUGUAACCAAGUAGUCUGUUAUCACAUAUGUGACUUAUUGAGCAAGAACAUUGAUAAAUUAAAACAGCAUUUGAAUUAAUUUUCAGAAUAAAAUGUGUAGGGUUAUCAGUGAUGCUUAUUGGACUGUUCAUUUCAAUUUACAGCUCAGUGUUGUAUAUAGGAUCUUUAUUUUAACUCAUAACCCGUGUUUGGGAGCAGCUUCUACAGCAGGACUUCUUGAGGUAAUUUAGCAACCAUGGAUUUUUGCAACAAGACAUAAACCUGACUGGCAAGUCAGAACAGCCGAGGGGUAGGUGAGCUUUAGGUCAUAAGCUGAAGCGACUUUUUGGUUUCCGUGCGUUUCCAAUUCAAGCCUCUUGCGAUGCAGGUAGGAAGCUCACAGGCAGAAGAUAAACCUUUUGGAUGGAGCAUAAGCGAGCCAGAAAAAUCAUACAUUUUUAUGAAUCUGCGCAGUAUUGCCUAUAAAUCAAAUCUGAUGUUGAAAAUGUUAUUAAAACUGAUUUACCAACUUGUUUCUUGUAACAUGACAAUACUUUUUAUUAACCCUUUGAGUACCAGUGGUCUUGCCCCAUAACCACUAUUUCAUUGUUUUGGUUCGGAAAUCUCAGGAGUGUUUGUGUGAAACCUCCAACGCUAAUGCAAAGUAGGGACAUCUAGAGGUACUGUGACGUACUUCCACGAAUUGAGCUCCUUGUACCGGCCGUUUAGAAAUUUGGAAAGAAAACAAAGCUGUGUUCUUGUGUCUAAUUACAGGAGUUUUGUUUUUGUAAUUAUUUUUGUAUAAUUUACUUGAAGCUAGGAUGUUUUGAGGAAACAUUGUGGAGGUAUCUGACAGUGAAUAUAAGUACACAAACUUAUUAUUACGUAAAUUUGAAUCUAUACUAGAAGUUUUUACGGGCUGCUUUAAUGCUGAAAAAAAUUCCACAGUAAAUGACGAAUGUUAAAGGCAAGUGAUUGAUCAGCAAAAACAACCUUCCUACAUAAGUGUUUAUUUAUGUUUUGAAAAUUUUGUUGUUAUUGUAAGUUAUUGAGACUACAUAA